AUGAGUGCUGGACCACUAGUUGUUGAGAUUAUCUGUACAUGUUGUUUAGCUGCAUUUCUCCUUCAUCGCUAUGGAGAUUUGAGAAAGCAACAUGUCCUGGUAACAUUAGCUACUUUUGUUGCUUGGUAUUUUUCGUUUAUGAUAAUCUUCGUCCUUCCUUUGGAUGUUUCUUCAACUUUCUAUCGUCAAUGCCUGAGAGAUAACCGGUUACCCCAGUUGUCCACAACAACAGCAAGAUCUCCAAACAGUAGUGGCACAGGCAAUGUGACAGAGAUACCUAUUAGUCCGACAGCAGGUGAAAACUCUACAACUCAGGUCGCACUGACAGGUGCUGAAGCCCUUCAUCUAUCUAUCGUUAACCCAUGUCAGCAGCCUGUUAGUCAUGUCCCUGAUAAUGUCCUCCCAGCUCUGUGGCAUGUUGUUUACUGGACAUCACAGUUUCUGACUUGGUUACUCUUGCCAAUGAUGCAGUCCUACUCAACAGCUGGGGACUUCAGUGUUGCAGGAAAAAUCAAAACGGCCAUCAUAGAGAACAUCAUAUACUAUGCCACCUAUCUUCUCAUCUUUGGUGUGUGCCUCAUUUAUGUUGCAGUGAGACCAGACCUUCACAUUGACGCAGAAAAGCUGAAGGUGAUUGGUGUUACAGCCAGCAACACCUGGGGACUCUUCCUCCUUGUACUGUUGUUGGGUUAUGGACUGGUGGAGGUUCCAAGAACUAUCUGGAACAGUGGUAAAACAGUUUACACUUUACAGCGGACACAGUUCAAGAUAGCCAAACUAAGUACCGAGAAAACUGAGGCCGAAGAAAACCUUGAGGAUGUUUUAGAUGAAAUCAAGCAGGUGUCUGAAAAAAUUCGGUACAACCAUCCACUGAGGAAACAUAUGGACACCAUUCUCUUAAAGUGUCCAGAGUCCCUGAGACAGAAUGUCAGGUCAAACAAUGAUGACUAUGAGGACUUUAACAAGCCACAGGAUGUGCCAAGUGAGAAAUCCCUGGUCCGGCUCCACAAGCGUGUGAUCCAGGCAACACAGACCAACCACAGAACACAGGCCCAGUGGAACAACCUUAUGUCAAAGGCUUAUGAACUUGAGGACAUCUGUAAUAAUGAAGGAAAGACGGACCACAUUUUCCACAGUUCUCAUGGUCACAAAACUGGUGGUCUGUUGACCAGUCUCUACACACCUACUGUUGAGUGGUACUGGAAGUGUCUGCUACGACCAUGGUUCCGGAGGAUCCUUGCCGUGCUCCUUACUGUCUUGUCAUUCAUGGUUGUCUGGUCAGAGUGUCUCUUCUUCAUCAAAGAGCCUGUCUUGUCCUUAUUUGCUGUUUUCAUUGAUCUUGCCAAACAAAAUUAUGAUUAUGUGUAUAUAGAGUUAGCAUCCAUCAUUACUAUAGCCUACUUGUGUUUCUGUGCGUACUACAGUGUGUUCCAGAUUCGCAUCCUAAACUUUUACUACAUAGCUCCCCAUCAUCAGACUGAUGAGUAUAGCCUUGUGUUUACUGGCAUGAUGCUGUGCCGUCUUACACCUCCUUUGUGUCUCAACUUCCUGGGACUCAUUCACCUGGACAGUCAUAUCACCUACAGGGGAAACCUGGAGGAGACAUCUUACACUGAGAUCAUGGGACAUAUGGAUGUGAUAUCAUUCGUGUCUGAUGGAUUCAACAUUUACUUUCCCAUUGCCAUUGUAUUACUGUGUAUCUGUACAUACUUCAGCCUGGGGUCACGUAUUCUACAGUUUCUGGGAUUCUCCCAGUUUAUUGGGGAUGACGACAUGACCCAGGAGUUUGUCGAUGAGGGACGAGAGAUUAUCCGCAGAGAGCGACGGCGCAUCGAGAGGAAGGCUGAGGGUGAAGCACGACGACGCCAGUGGACAGAAAAGUUUGGUGACGGGACCAAUGAUCGGGUCAUGCAGCGGGGUAAUGGUGUGGAACAGGAUGGAUACUCACGACGAGUAACUGAUCCUACAGAGAAGGAUGAAGAUCUAGAUGUGGAAAUGUUGCGUCUAGAUUUGGAGGUGGAAGCUAAGCAGACUGUCCCAAGGAGCCCUGAUGAAAAUGAUCGCACAGAACUUCUGCGACAGGCUGAACCAAUAGACUAUACAGGGGAGACAUCUGAUGUACUUGAUGACUGGCGGGGCAGCGAUCCCAUGCAUCAAUCAUACCAAUCCCAGCCCACAGGACCUUCUAGUCGGUUUGGCACACAGAGGUCAUUCUCACGACCUCCUAAGGGAAUAUUUGAUGAUGUAUAA